AUGGCAUCCUCUCCAACGCGCAAAGCGGCUCUCGCGAUCAUCGACAUGCAAGAAGACUUUUGCGAGCCAAACGGUUCUCUGGCAGUCAAAGGCGGUCGAGGAAUUGCGCCCAUCAUCAACGACCUGAUGGCACGCCCGGGGUUUGUGCUGAGAAUUGCCACCAGAGACUUCCAUCCACCCGAUCACAUCUCCUUUGCAUCAAAUCAUGUCGACAAGACAGCUUUCGCUUCAACACACACGAUCAAGAAUCCAGAGAAUGAAAGUGAAACGCAAACCACUCYCCUCUGGCCAGACCACUGCGUUCAAGACACACCCGGCUGCGAAAUCAUUCCCGAGCUUCAUCAAGACAGAUUUUCUCACAUCAUCGACAAAGGCAUGGAUAUCAGAUGUGAAUCUUACUCUGGCUUUGGCCCACCCUUCCGCGAGCCAUCGGUGUCCAUGACCAAUCUCGAUGAAAUUAUGAAAGAAGCAGGCAUCACAGACUUGUAUGUUGUCGGACUAGCUUACGAUUUCUGUGUCAAACAUACGGCGCUGGACGCCGUGGAGCUUGGAUACAAGACUUUUGUGAUUGAGGAUGCAACAAAGUCCGCCACUGAGUCGGCGGAGGCAUGCCAGAAAGGUCUGCUGGAUCGAGGUGUUGUGAUUAUCCGCUCAGAUUCUGAAGAUCUGCCAUGA